CUUCUCCGAAGGUGACAGCUGCUUCUUAUAGUUCCAUUUUGCAUGCAUCCAUCUUCAUUUGAUUCAACUUAAAUUCCAUGCCAAGUUGAUUUUCACUUUUUCUUCAUUUGGGAACUGGUGAUGGUGAGUGGGAUGGGGAAGUCAAAAGUGCUAUUUUUCUCUUUCCUUGUUCUUGCAACCUUUCAGCAAGCAAUGUCAGAUGAGCACCAACCCCUCUCAAAAGUUGCAAUUCAUAAAACAACACUUGCUCUGGAUGAACGUGCUUAUGUCAAAGCCACUCCUAAAGUCCUUGGCUUGAGGGGACAAAAUACAGAAUGGGUCACAGUGCAAUAUAGUAAUCCAAAACCCACAAUAGAUGACUGGAUUGGAGUGUUUUCUCCUGCAUUUUUCAAUGCUUCUGCCUGCCCUGCAGAAAACACAUGGGUGACUCCCCCAUUGCUGUGUUCUGCGCCUAUCAAGUAUCAAUAUGCCAAUUUCUCUAGUCUUGGUUACAAGAACACAGGCACAGGCUCCUUGAAGCUUCAGUUGAUUAAUCAGAGAUCUGACUUCGCAUUUGCGCUUUUCACUGGUGGCUUGACAAAUCCAAAGCUUGUUGCAAUGUCAAAUAAAGUAUCAUUCAUCAAUCCAAAUGCACCAGUAUAUCCCCGUCUAGCACAAGGGAAAACAUGGGAUGAAAUGACUGUAACAUGGACAAGUGGAUAUGGAAUCAGUGAAGCCGAACCUUUUGUUGAAUGGGGCCCUAAAGGAGGGAACCUUGUGAAAUCUCCUGCUGGAACACUGACUUUUGAUCACAACACCAUGUGUGGUGCACCAGCGAGGACUGUUGGAUGGCGUGACCCAGGAUUCAUACACACUAGUUUUUUGAAGGAGUUGUGGCCCAACCGAGAAUACAUAUACAAGCUGGGGCAUAUAUUAUUUAAUGGUACAAUAAUUUGGAGUCAACAAUACCAGUUCAAAGCACCUCCUUUUCCUGGUCAAAAUUCCUUACAACGUGUAGUCAUAUUUGGUGAUAUGGGAAAGGCAGAAGCUGAUGGCUCCAAUGAAUAUAACAAUUUCCAGCCUGGAUCACUCAACACUACUAAACAGAUCAUUCAAGACUUAAAAGAUAUAGAUAUAGUCUUCCACAUUGGUGAUAUAUGCUAUGCUAAUGGAUACAUGUCACAGUGGGACCAGUUUACUGCACAAAUUGAGCCAAUUGCAUCAACUGUACCUUAUAUGACAGCAAGUGGCAAUCAUGAACGUGACUGGCCAGGGACUGGAUCAUUUUAUGGAAACUUGGAUUCUGGUGGAGAAUGUGGUGUACCGGCUCAAACCAUGUUUUAUGUUCCAGCUGAGAACCGGGAAAAAUUCUGGUACAAAGUUGACUACGGUAUGUUCAGAUUCUGCAUAGCUCACACAGAACUUGAUUGGAGAAAAGGAUCAGAACAGUAUACAUUCAUUGAAAAUUGCCUAGCAUCGGUCGACAGACAAAAACAGCCGUGGCUGAUAUUUCUUGCCCAUAGGGUACUUGGUUAUUCAUCUGCAGGGUUCUAUGUGGCAGAAGGCUCUUUUGAAGAACCAAUGGGAAGGGAGGACCUUCAAAUUCUCUGGCAAAAGUAUAAGGUUGAUAUAGGAAUAUAUGGACAUGUCCAUAACUAUGAAAGGACAUGCCCGGUGUAUCAGAAUAUUUGCACCAACAAAGAGAAGCACAAUUACAAGGGCUCCUUGAAUGGGACAAUACAUGUAGUGGCUGGGGGAGGAGGAGCAUCCCUUGCUGAUUUUGCGCAAGUAAACACUACAUGGAGUAUAUUUAAAGACCAUGACUAUGGAUUUGUCAAGCUUACAGCAUUUGAUCAUUCAAACUUAUUGUUUGAGUACAAGAAAAGCAGUGAUGGACAAGUUUAUGACUCUUUCAGAAUAUCCAGGGAGUACAGGGACAUCUUGGCUUGCACUGUUGAUAGUUGUCCACCCACAACACUAGCAUUUUGAUCUAAAAGCAUAUAAGUUGUUGAUUUUUUUUUUCUUAUAUGGUUGAAUAAAAUGCUCCAUAUGAUCUCAAAAUGAGGUAGGCCACUGAAUUGUUUGGUCUAAAGUGGCAGUUUGGAAUUAAUACUUUAGCAAUUGACCGUGGGCAAUAUUAGCUAGCAGAGAGGCCACUGAUUUUUGAGGUCAUGCAUACAUUUAGACCAACCACGAUUUUAUUGGAAAGCUUCACUGUUGCAAUGAAUUGAAAAUUAUAUACACUCCUUUCAUAUUGA